AGGAUUUUUCCGUCGCAGCAUCACCAAAGUGGCGGCCUAUGUAUGCAAGUAUGGGGACAACUGUGAAAUGGACAUGUGGAUGCGGCGCAAGUGCCAGGCCUGUCGGUUACGGAGAUGUCGCGAAGUGGGCAUGAAGGAAGAAUGCCUCCUGUCGGAAGACCAGUGCAAAGCACGGGACGCCCGACGGAAGGCCAAGCAGCGCUUCGUGCCCAAGAAAGAGGUGCACAGCCCGGACAGCUUCGGCAACAGCAUGGACUCGGACUCGAAGCAGACGGUGCUGUCGGUGGACGUGAAGCCGUCGCUGUCCUCCCUCCCGUCCCUUCCCUCGGUGCCGUCCACCUCGUCCAGCGUGGGCUCCCCGUCCUCCGUCACGGAGGAGAUGCCCGACAUCAUGAAGAGGCUGCACUCGGACCAGCACGAGAGGAUCGUGUUCCUGGUCUCGCUGCAGGACAAGUACGAGUUUGCUGACCCCGACAGUUACGAGAAGACGCUGAAAGAGUUUGAUUACAAGACAAACAGCACGCUGGACCCUCAGACAUUCAUGAACUCGAUGGCGUCAACGUUUGUGCUGGUGACCAAGCUCAUAGUGCAGUUUGCCAAGGAGCUGCCGCAUUUUGUGGAUGUGUGCAAGGAAGAUCAGAUCACGCUGCUCAAGUCUUCAACGACAGAAGUCAUGUCCAUCAGGGCUGCCCGCUGCUACGACCUUCAGUCCAAGUGCAUCAUUUUUGCCAACGGGCAGCCAUGUAGUUUGCAGAACAUGAAGGCCGCCCACGCAGGCCUGGGGAACUACUGCGAGCGUCUCUUUGAGUUCUGCCACAAUAUGGCCUCAUGUAAGACGGACAACGCAGAGUACGCUCUGCUCACGGCUAUCUGCAUCUUUUCAGAGCGACCAGGCCUGGAGCAAGCGAGCAAGGUGGAGGAGAUUCAAGACCAGUACGUGGAGCUGCUUCAAGUCUACGAGACGGCCAAACGGGGAAAGGGCGGGGGUGCUCUAGCGCGCUUCCUCUCUCGCCUCUCAGAUCUGCGGACUAUUAGCUCAGAGCAUUCGAAGCUUCUGGUGGAGAUGGACGUGAAAAAGGUGCAAAUGGAUGUGCCUUCUCUUAUCAAGGAUAUCUUACUACUCCCCCCAGAAGGCAACUAGAGCGCACCCUCUCCCUCUUUUUACCCCUUUUACAUCUCAAGAUUUCAGCCGCCCCACCCCCACCCCCAACUGUUGUUGUUACCACAAGAUAUUAUCACUACUGCAUUCUCUCUCUCUUGUUGACAAAUGGAGUGGUUCGUCUCCUUGUUGGUGGGUCGGGCACCGAGCAGUGCUUCUCUCCUCCCGACGCUGACGACGCCUGUGUGCUUGGAUGUUCUUGGCCAGUCUACCGGGGGCGGGAUUUUCUCAGUCCUUACAGCGUCCAUGAGACUGCCGAGGAAAUGGCUUCUGGACUGACGACACAUUGACACCCCCCCCCCAGCUCCUAGCGGAGAGUCGUGUGACGUCGUGUUGGGCGUCGUCCUUCUCGUAAGAGAGUGUUUGAUUUGUUCGUUAUCGCGUGGAUGGUUGCCGUGCCAACAGGAGGUGAGCUGCGAUUAGUGGCGUAAUACUCAGGGUAACUGGCUGGCCCGCGCACUCCCACCCAGCUGCCGGCUCUCUUCCGUACGGCUCAUCGUGUGAAGGAUUUCUUUUCACGACCACGAGACACGUGUGACAUGUGUGACGCGGGGAGACGCCCUCCUCCCCCAUCCCUGUGUCGCUGGACACACACACACACACAACGCACACACACACACACACACACACACACCGUCCUUUGUUGGUGGUGCUACCGAGUGAUGACCGGCAAACGCUGCAGCACUGCGCCCGUCGGUUACUCUUUACCUGAUGGUGUUUGGAGGAACUCUUGACCAAGACAACGAGAAGAGACAGUGCUGAAAUCUGCUCUCGGUGAAGUGCUGGAUCUGCUGUGGGUGAAGUGCUGGAUCUGCUGUGGGUGAAGUGCUGGAUCUGCUGUGGGUGAAGUGCUGGAUCUGUUGUGGGUGAAGUGCUGGAUCUGCUGUGGGUGAAGUGCUGGAUCUGCUGGGGGUUAAGCGCUGGAUCUGCUGUGGGUUAAGUGCUGGAUCUGCUCUCGGUGAAGUGCUGCAGCCCCGCUCGGUGUUGUCCGACACUCACCAGGUGAAUUGUGUUGCUUUUCCUUCUGAAGACCAGUGCCAGUGUGGGAAAAAAAUUCAGUGGAUUUUUUUUCGGAGCAGAGUUGUGCAAUAGCUCUCAGACAUUCUCUGUUGAUGUUUCCUACCAGACAUGAAUGCUAGGGCCUGACCUGAAGCCAGAAUUGUACAACAUGCCUAAAGCAUGAGAGAAUGAGUAAAUACAUUUGUUUUUAUUCUUUGCUCAGCAUAUCAGACCCAGUGAUGCUACAUACUUCUUUUGUACAUUGUAAUUCCUCUUUGACCCAUCCUCUCUACUCUACUCUCCCCACAUUUUGCAUCUUCUUCUCUCUCUCCAUUGUCUCUCCUGGCUGGACGAGGGGUAAGCUGCUGGAGCAGGCUCAGACACACACAGGGGAUCACCAGAGAUCCUGACCGCACGGAGAACACAACGCAUUGACUGACUUUGUGGCUGUGUCUGCUCCUAGCCAAGCGUGGAUUUCUCACUAUCCGGUCGUGCAUUCUGUAGUGGAUACCAGGGAACUAACAAAAACUUCACAAAGUGAAAGGAGAUGGAAAGGAAUUCGUGUUGUGCUCCUAAUCUUUCACAUUUUACUUCUUUUUUCUUUCUUUUUUUUUUUGAAACUACGAGAUUAUUCAACUAUGAACAAAAAAUUGGUGCUGGUUGGAGAACUAUCACAUGCCUUGUUUUGCUCUCUUCAUUUGCAGUAUGGUCAGAUUAUAUUGGAAUCUUCUGAGUCCCAAUUCUGUUGAUGCAAUUGUCGGAAAGAGGUUCAUAAAAUACUGUCUUUUGUUGGUGUGCUGUAAAUGAAGUUUUGUUGCUGGUGAUAAUGCCUGACAUCAUUCAAAUGUGUUGACUGGUGUUGUGCUGAUUUCUUUUGGAUAAGAUUUGAUAAAACAAGGAGCAUUUUAAUUUUUUUGUGAAGAGGAAUGCAAGUUUCUUGUGCUGGCUGCCAUUCAGGAAAGGGGGUCAUCGGAUGCUUUUUAGCUUCUUUUAUUCGGCUUAUCCUUUAGCAAACCAGCCCCAGUUCAUAACCACACACUUUUUAUUUCAUAGUUUAAUGGUGUGUGUGACUUUUUUAUAAGUCUUUCAGUUGAAGCCUGGUUCUCAAAAAAAUGUGCCAACCUCUGUUUGUGUCUUUUGUGCCAAUUUUGUUUUUAGUAUCUUGCUAAUUUCCUACCCAGUUGCUCGGCAGCCCCUUUUAAAAAAGGCUUCCUGCUAGGUUACUCUGUUUAAAUAACUUUUUUUCAGCUGUUAAGAAAUGUAAAUUAUGCUUGUAACAAAAGGUUUUCCUAUUUUUUGGGGGGGGGGGGGGGGGGUUAUGGUAAUGGUUGAUACACGUAAAGUGUAAAGGUAAUUGAAUAGCACGACAAUAGGACAUGUUUUAAAAAGUAAAUAGCAAGAACUCUUUUUUCACUCCCUCAUUUCUUUUCCAUCGUUGUCUCGAUCAGAUUUUGAAAGUGAAUAGACAGUUGUUUUUUUCAAAGUCUGAAGCAGGGCUGGUGUAAAGUGUUGUUGCUUCCCUCUCGGCGUGUGGCUGAUGGUGGGGCAUGAGCGUGCUCAGCUUGUGAUGGUUCUUUCAUGAACAUGUACAAGGUGGUUACAGGGAAAUCAUGAGAUAUUAAUUGUUCUUGGAACUCGUGGUGCAUGCAUAGCUACGUGUGUGGGAGCUCAGCCCUCGGUGGAAAGCUCGACGCUUUGCCUAGGGCCACUGUAACAGUUGUCGCUCUUUCUCCGUGCUGUAGUCUGGCUGAGACUCCAUUUUAGCUUGAGUAAUUCAUAUAGUCUUGUCCAUAAGCUUGGGAUGAGACAGUGCCCUGAGUUUUGUUGCUGAUUUUUAAAGAAUUUUAACCUUUGAGCAGGAGUGCAUGUGUAUAAGUGCUUGCUUGAGCUUACAAAUACAAUUGUAAAUCUUAGAAUGCUUUGAUGUGUCUGCAGAGUUAAAAAACAACAUUCAGGGACAGGCGGAGCGAUUGUGUACGAGUGUGGUACUAAAGUGUUGCAAUGGUUGUUUUGUUCACGUACAAACCUGAGGGAUAUCUGACCUACUUUCUAUAAUUGUAAAAAAAUUAAUAAUUUUUGUUGUUGAUGAGUACAAAAGCAAAGACGCACCACCAUCCUGGAAGUUUUUGGUUGUACGUGGACUACAUGAGCUCUUUCCCCACUUGUCUCGGGGGUGGUGGGUGAUAGAAAUACCGUUGUACAGCAGCAGCCGAGACCCUUCAUCUUUGCAGUAGACCCACCCUGUGGCCUUUGUGCUGAGGAUCUGGCCACACUGCCCUCGGAGUGUAGGGAACAACAUGCGCCAACACGCGCCAACUCACAUCAAUAACGCCAACACGCGCCAACUCACAUCAAUAUACGCCAACACACGCCAACUCACAUCAAUAUACACCAAUACCCACCAACUCACGCUAACACACACCAACUCACGCCAACGCAUGCCAACUCGCAUCCAUAUACGCCAACACACGCCUACACACUUUAGUAUACCCCAACAGACGCCAACACACACCAACACAACACGCACCAGCACUUGUCAAUACACGCCAACACACAUCAAUAUAUGCCAAAACACGCUAACGCACGCCAAUUCAUGUCAACACACAGCUACACACAUCAAUACACACCAACACACGGCAACACACAUCACAACAACACACGCCAACUCAUGACAACACACGUCAACUUACGCCAACACACAUCAAAAAACGCCAACACACGCCAAUUCAUGCCAACACCCGCCAACACACGCCAAUACACAUCAAUAUACGCCUACACACCCCAACACACACCAGCACACCCCAACACACACCAGCACACCCAGACACACACCAACACACACCAACUUACACCAACACACACUAACACACACCAGCACACGCCAGCUUGC